GGACUGGGGACGUAAUACUACAUCAUUACCUUUAACAAUAUUUACAAAACCACUAUAACACGUAAGAGCUAUAUCCGUCUGCGUCACCUGUAUAAGAAGUAUUUUUCCUUCGUACUAUUUUCUUGUGUAAACUGCGUGAUUCGUCAACCGUGGAAUUUACAGUUGCCCUUCACAUAUGCCUCUGUAUGUCCCACAUAUUUACUGCCUUGUUUGUUAGACAUGACUGCUUAGGCUGAUAAGGACCAUCACCCCGGGACUGAUAUUGUAACAUCGGAUGAGAAGCGAGUCAGUCAUCGGAGGAAGGUGGUAUUCGCGUGGAAAGUGUACCAUGGGAGACGAAACGGACGUUUUGUUAGGGUCACGCAUCCCAAUUUCAAUCGUCGCCAUCUUGACGAACGUCACAUCUCUCAUCAUUGUCUUCACAUCGACGAGCUUACAUACGAACGGCUUCAUUCGGAACAUCCUCAGCCUGUGUGUUUCAGAUCUCCUCACAGCCGUCUUCGUAAUUCCAAUAAGUUUGAUAUAUCAUGGGAGUGUUAGUAUUAAUCGUGGGAGCGAGGUUUGCAACGCAUGGUCGAGAUUGGCUUACUGCAAUAGAGCACUCUCCUGUUUCAUCCUCGUCACCAUGUGUAUCUUCUGUCUCGUCAGUAAGCUCCACAACAAUCGACGGAUUAAGUUACGCGUUUACAAAAUGAUCGAGGUUGCUCUGGUAAUCAUUCCAUGGCUCUUUGUUUUAGUGGCGUAUGUACCACUGUUUCUUAUUGAGCAAAACAAUACAAAGUCUGGAGACGAUUUUGCAGAGCAACUAUGCUUUUUCACAAACACUAAUUAUCAAUUCCCGCUGACUGUUAUCUUUUUAGUUUUUCCACCAUGUUUACUCAUACUCACAAUCAUUGUGAUGCAUGUCAUGUAUAAAGUGAUGCAACGUAAAUCAGAACACCCACAGGAACCUGAUACAGAAACGGAAGUAGAUGGACGUUUGCGCAUGUUUACUAUUGGCACGUGGCUUGUGAGUUUGAUGACAAUUUGUUGUUGGAUUCCGUUUAUCAUUGUGAUGAUUCUCCUACUAUUCUGUCGCUCCUCGACAUCGUCUAUCGCCUCGUGUUACCCCUCGUUACACGCUAUCGACACCACGUAUACAAUAUCACUCGUCCCUUCAACACUCACGCCAUUGUGUUGGCUUUGUAUAAGAGCAUUCCGUGUCAGGGCGUCCUUAAUGACAUCAUGUGUUACACAAGCCUGCAGGUGUGGACAAUCCAUUAACUGUACCAACUGUACUCACUGUCAGAAAUCAACCACCGGUGAUGAUAUAAAUGCUCUAACAGAGUACUGACAGUUGUCAAUAUUGGUAUAUAUAUUUAUAUAAUAUUUUGGAUAAAUCUUCAACGAUGUUGCCAUACUUAUAAAUUAACAAAUUAUACGUAAAGAUCAAGUACCGUGCAUGAUAUUGAUAUAAAUAAAAUUCUUGACCAAGUGAUGAGUAUCUUACACGGUAUGGUAGCAGAGUACAGUAGAAAUGGCUUGAUCCUAAAAAUAAAGGACAUGUCUCAGAUAAACGUGGAUAGUGGAUUUAUCCUGCACAUCACACCUACAUAUAUAUAUAUAUUUAUAAACUACAUUUUGAAUACAUUUUUUUUCCAAGAAUGAUUUUGUUUUCAA